GCGACUUUUUGGGAAGUCUUGGCAGAGCUGCUGAAGUGACGGUGCUGCGUAGUCUUAAACCCUCGGAGAGCUUGACAAUGGCGGAAGCUAGAUUCUUCGCGGUUUUCCUCUUGACGUUGAGUUUGAUCUCGGUUCGGCCGUUCUCGGUUGUUUCAUUCUCCCAGGACCAUCCGACAGAUCGUCAAAUUCUCGUUUUGCUCGACGAUUUAUCCCUCAAAUCUUCGCAUUCUCUUUUCUUUAAUGCGCUCCGAUCCCGUGGCUUCAGCCUUGAUUUCAAGCUCGCUAACGAUCCAUCGGUGUCCGUCAAGCGCUACGGCCAGUACUUGUACGAUGGCCUCAUUCUCUUCGCACCUUCUACGGACCGAUUUGGAGGGUCAUUGGAUUUGGAGGGGGUUUUGGAUUUUGUUGACUCCGGGCAUGAUUUGAUUUUGGCUGCUGAUUCUAAUGCAUCCGAUUUGAUUCGAAAUAUUGCUUCUGAAUCUGGUGUAGAUUUUGACGAGGACCCCUCUGCCGUGGUCAUUGAUCACACUGGUUAUGCUGUCUCAAAAGUUGAGGGUGAUCAUACAUUAAUUGCUUCUGAUUCUUAUAUUGAAUCUGAUGUUAUCUUGGGAAGUAGAAAGAUUGAGGCUCCUGUUCUGUUCAAAGGGAUAGGGCACUCGCUGAAUCCCAAAAAUAGCUUGGUUUUGAAGGUUCUCUCUGCGUCUCCUUCAGCUUAUUCUGCUAACCCAACCUCAAAGUUACUGAACCCCCCGCCACUUACUGGAACGACUAUCUCCUUAGUGUCGGUUCUCCAGGCUAGAAAUAAUGCAAGAGUUAUGAUCACAGGAUCAUUGGCCAUGUUCAGCAACAAGUUGUUCAAAUCAGGAGUUCAGAGGAGUGGAAGCUCAGAUAAGUAUGAAAAUUCUGGUAACGAACAAUUUGUCACAGAGCUCUCCAAAUGGGUUUUCCACGAGCGUGGUCAUUUGAAGGCCAUGAACCUUAAGCACAACAAAAUCGGUGAAACAGAAGAACCUGCGGGUUACAGGAUCAAUGAUGACCUGGAGUUCUCUGUGGAACUUUUUGAGUGGUCUGGUUCCAGUUGGGUACCAUAUGUUGCAAAUGAUGUUCAAGUCCAGUUCUUCAUGAUGAGCCCCUAUGUCUUAAAGAAUUUGUCAACAAACAAGAAGGGGCUAUACCACACUUCCUUCAAGGUUCCAGAUAUUUAUGGAGUUUUUCAGUUCAAGGUUGAAUAUAAGAGACUUGGAUAUACUACCUUAUCUCUAUCGAAGCAGAUUCCUGUGCGACCUUUCAAACACAAUGAAUACGAGAGAUUUAUCACCACAGCUUACCCCUAUUACGGAGCUUCAUUUGCUACGAUGGCUGGAUUCUUCAUCUUCAGCUUUGUCUUCCUCUACCACAAGUAAACACAUACUGUCCUUUUAGUAUUUACUUUCUUUCAUCUUGUAUACUCAAGAGGAUGUUAUCUUUAUCUACACCGGCAUGAUCACUGCUUAAGUUCAGUUCUGAGUACGAUCAAUUGUAGCAGCAACCCUUUUUGGAUAUAGGAAGUAGAGAGAGAUACACUAGAUUCAAGUUUGGGACAAAAUUUGUUUAUCUUUGACCCUGGUGAGAAUAUUUGACGUUGAAUGAAGAGGACAAUGCAUAUACUUCUUGCUUCCCUGA